GGCAAUCCACGUUAGUUUUGCCACCUCUAAUUUGUAAACGGCGAAACGCAAAAAUAAAACAAGGACAUUUCCAUACCACGAAACAGGGAGAAUUUUGAACUUGAGACGCACAUAAAUACAUCAGAAUACCCAAAAUACUCCAAGAGUAGUGGAAUCACAGAGAGAGAGAGAAAGUGAACGAGGGAGAGUGCACAAGAGGCAAACAAAACACAUGGCAAUGGGCGGCUCGGCUGUGCAGGUGAUCAAUGCAUCCGACGAGCACACAUUUGUGCUUAACGAGGAUGCAUUGAGUGAGGUGCUCAUGAGGGAGGAGGUUAAGGAUCGAUUCGUUUGUGUCGUUUCUGUGGCGGGAGCAUUCCGUAAAGGCAAGAGUUUUCUCUUGGACUUCUUUCUUCGUUACAUGUACUCAAAGUAUGUACGAAAAGAUGUGACUGAUUGGCUGGGUGAUGAAACGGAACCUUUAGCAGGCUUCUCGUGGCGCGGUGGCUCGGAACGUGAUACUACCGGUAUUCUCAUGUGGUCUGAUAUAUUCCUGCAUGAUUUUCCAAACGGUGACAAAAUUGCCAUCAUUUUACUCGACACACAGGGCGCUUUCGACAGCCAGAGUACAGUCCGAGAUUGCGCCACAGUUUUUGCUCUCAGCACUAUGCUCUCAUCCGUACAGAUAUACAAUCUCUCACAAAACAUACAGGAGGACGACCUGCAACAUCUCCAGCUGUUUACCGAGUACGGCCGCCUGGCGCUGGCCGAUACCGGCAAGAAACCAUUCCAGCGUCUACAGUUUCUUGUCCGCGACUGGAGUUUCCCGUACGAGGCGGAAUAUGGUGCCAUGGGCGGCGAUAAAAUACUAAAGCGUCGCCUGGAGGUUUCCGAUAAGCAACAUCCUGAACUGCAGUCGCUGCGACGACACAUCUCAUCGUGUUUCACAGAGGUAGCCUGCUUUCUAAUGCCGCAUCCCGGCCUCAAUGUGGCCACAAAUCCACAGUUCGAUGGACAGUUAAAGGACAUCACGCCCGAGUUUAAAAACAGUCUUCGCACGCUUGUACCCAUGCUUUUGGCGCCAGAUAAUCUCGUCUACAAGGAGAUUAGCGGCCAACGUGUUCGGGCACGCGAUCUCAUCCAAUACUUUCAGUCAUAUAUGAAUAUCUACAAGGGAAACGAGCUGCCGGAGCCCAAGAGCAUGCUGGUAGCUACCGCUGAGGCCAAUCAUUUAACCGCUGUUGCUGCCGCCAAGGAUCUGUAUAAUCAACUCAUGGAAGAGGUAUGCGGCGGCACGCGACCGUACUUAAGCACCGCCCACCUAGAGACGGAGCAUUUGCGAGUCAAGGACAAGGCAAUGUUUCAAUUUGCCGCUAAACGAAAAAUGGGCGGUGAGGAGUUUACUGAAAAGUUUCGUCAACAACUGGACGAGGACCUGGAGGAGGUCUUUGUCAAUUACAGAGCGCACAAUGAAAGCAAGAACAUCUUCAAGGCGGCACGCACGCCGGCUGUUUACUUUGCCUGUGCCGUCAUUAUGUACAUUGUCAGCGGGAUCUUUAGCCUGGUUGGACUGUAUACAUUUGCCAAUUUCUGCAAUCUGGUUAUGGGCGUGGCCCUACUGACCCUUGCCCUGUGGUCUUACAUUAGAUACAGCGGUGAGUUGAGCGACUUUGGUGGCAAGCUGGAUGACUUUGCCACGCUUCUGUGGGAGAAUUUUAUGCGACCUAUUUACCAGGGCUGUAUGGAGAAAGGAAUACAACAUGCGGCCACACAUGCAGCCGAGGCUGCUACUGGCGGUGGUCGGGGCUAUCGUUCUCAAUCUUCGGUCAAUGCUUCCAACGGCAAGGUGAAACGCUCAUGAGAAUACGCCAGUGCAGCGCAAUUGGCGCCGCUACCACCACCAUCAGCAACAACAGCAACAUCUAACAGCAGCAAUAGUAACAACAACAAUAAUAAUAAUAACAACAACAAUGUGGCAUAUAAAUCGGCAAGAGUUAAGAAUCUUACAACCUGCAAUAGCAGCAAUAGUGGAGACAAUUUUUUCCAAAACAUUUGGCACAAAUUAACCGUCUCCAGCUCUGUAUCUUCGUCCGUGCCCCCCACCUCUACCACCUUCAGUUCUAAUUCGAACACUAGCAGUCGCAAGAAACGUAAAUCGAAGCGUAAUUAAAAAAAUUAAUUUGGUGCGGUCCAAAUCACUUCCAAUGGGCGUGUGUCUUCUCUUUAAGUUGUAUAGAUCGUCAAAACAGCACCUAACAUUUAAAAACAAAAAAAAAAAAACACCACAAAAAAUUUAGCUAUUAAUUACCCUUAAAGGAAAUUGUUUUUUAUAUACAUAUAUAUUAAUUGCAUUAAUAUUGAUCUGUAGUUGGUCUACUAUAUACAUUUAUAUCUGAUAAGAGUAAGUGCAUCCCUAGUAAGUGGGUCGUAUUUGUUGAAGAAAAUUGAUAAUGAAAUCAGAUUUUAAAUUGUUCUUUUUUUAUACGUCUCCUUUAUGAAGCAAGCCUGAAAUUUAACGCUGUAAUAUAAAGAAAAUCGCUAACGAAUUUAAAAUUUGUUUAAUUUUUUUAUUUUAUCCCCAACUAUAUUUGUCUUGCCCUUUUUUCUUAUGUUUGGCUGUAGAAAGAUUACAAAUUUUUGUACCCUAAAAAAAUAAGAAAAAGAAAUGAAAAAUUCUGUUAAGAACUGUGUUGUUGGCUUGUAUGUGAAGCGCCUCAUUUUGCAAACUAUCGUUUUUGUUAAUUAUAUUAAAAUGAAUUCUUUAAAAUUAAAUCAAAACAUUGCCACCCAUUUCGAAAUGAACACAAUGCGUCGCAAUGCUGGGUAAUAGGUCAUUUUUAGUAAGAAGUAAAUAAUCUAUUUGGUUUUGUUUGAACAAUAAAUGUGUAUCAUUAAUAGCUCAUUAGAAGUUAUGGCCAUACA